AUGAAUGCAACGGACUGUGAGCACGGAGCGCGAUGCAACAAUCCCAAAGAGAACGCAAAGAUAGUCUUUGAGAAGAGAAACGGUGCUAUAAUAUUUGGGGCUUCCGGUAUCAGACCAAAGGCUAUCCCAGAGGUUGAUGCGCACGCAAAUGGAUUGGCUAAGAGACUUCUUGCAGCGUACACGGGCCAUGAAAGUGAUCUAGAAAACCCAGUCAAGAUCAACGCUGCGAUCAUCGACAACGGUCUGGCAGCCGUCAAGCAUCUAUGCCCGAACCUCGACAUUGUUUCCCUACAGACAGGCGGAAAGGAGACUCAUGAGCGGCGAUUCAAUAUCGAAGAUGGCGAUUCUGUCUCGUGGGAGAUGAAGUGGCGAUCUAUUUGCAGCUAUUUUGGCCUCAAUGGAAUUGGGCCACCAGCGCAGCUCACCAGCCAGACAUUGGGCAUCAACUGUCUCAUUGCUCAGAAAGACAAGUGGCCAAACUGGGUCGUCACGAAUGGUCUUGAACGGGGUGCCCUCGGAAACGUUGAUUAG